CGUGGGUUCACUUUUCAUCUGUACUCUACAUUGUGGAGUUCAAGCUCGGUAAAGGUGGAAAGAAUGGCGACUGCCCUAGCCCGCUUCUCCAGAAAAGCCCUAGUGUCCUCGCACCGUAACAUUCUUAAUCGCACCUUCUCUGCUAGCGCUGAGGCAUCAACCAAAUCGAUAACGCCGUCGCCUGAUCGAGUCAAGUGGGACUAUCGAGGUCAGAGGCAGAUAAUCCCGUUGGGUCAGUGGCUCCCCAAGAUCGCUGUCGACGCCUACGUCGCACCCAAUGUCGUCCUUGCUGGUCAGGUCACUGUCUGGGAUGGAGCGUCAGUUUGGAGCGGAUCGGUUCUCAGGGGCGAUCUUAACAAGAUCACCGUCGGCUUCUGCUCCAACGUCCAAGAGCGGUGUGUUAUUCACGCCGCCUGGAACUCGCCUACAGGACUGCCGGCAGAGACCUCCAUCGAAAGGUUUGUUACAAUUGGUGCAUAUAGUCUUUUGCGAUCCUGCACAAUUGAGCCAGAAUGCAUUAUCGGACAACACUCCAUCCUUAUGGAAGGUUCUUUAGUGGAGACGCACUCAAUCCUUGAAGCAGGAUCUGUAGUUCCCCCAGGAAGGAGAAUUCCAACUGGUGAACUUUGGGCAGGAAAUCCAGCAAGAUUUGUGAGAGCUCUGACUCAUGAAGAGACUUUAGAAAUCCCAAAACUUGCUGUUGCAAUUAAUGAUCUCAGCAAAAACCAUUUCUCAGAGUUUCUCCCUUACUCGACAGUAUAUUUGGAGGUUGAGAAGCUGAAGAAAAAGUUGGGCAUUUCUAUCUGAUGCUUUUCAGUCAUGUUUAUGUACGAGUUGAUUCUGCAAGGAAAUAAAUGGCUGGAGGACAUAUAAAGCAAGCUUUCAUGUUUCUUUUGUUUGUAUUUUGAUUUUGUUGGCUGUUGAAAGAGGUGGUUGUAAAUUUCAACCGAAUGGAUGAAGAGUAGUUACUGGAUGCACUUGUCAAUUGUUUUUGGUUUGCAUCCCAAGUUCGGCUUUUUUAAUCCUCGGUUGAUUUUUGUUCUCAAGAAUUAGUUCAUUUUUCCUUCGCAUCAGAGAAGACACUCCGGUUCAUUAGGGCAACAGCAUCGCAUGUAUUAUGUUAUCAAAUCAAAAGUAACAUUAACUUCUUA